CAAAACACACAGAAACAGCUGAGACAUUGGAGAGGAAGGUUGUGAACGGUUUUCUUCGGUAUUCGGAUGCGCUGCUUCUCCACCUUGUCAAUUAAGACGAAUUCCAUCAACGCGUUCGUUUACGAAAAAUAAUUACUUCGCAUUAUGUUGAGUCUUAUUGCUCCGCAAUAGAGAGCAGUAAUUAUUCUUGAGAACACAGUGUUAGAACUAUAAUUGAGUGAAAUCUAAAGUGCCUUGAAAGUGAAAGAUUUCUUGCCACCUGCCUCGACAUUAUGUGUGGCGUGUAUCGAAUGAUUCAUCCGCGUUCUAUUCGUGAUGCACUGAAGUAGAAAUUAACAAUUCCAUCCAUCGCAGUGAAAAAUCACAUGGUGUUGAGAAAGCGGAUGAGUUGGAGUGCAGUGAGUCAGACGCAAAGCAUUUAAAACAAAACGUGGCGUUAUAAUUAUACCUGUAUCGGUACAAAUGAGUGUUGCGUGUCGUAGAAUACAAGUUCAAGUAAUAUCCGACUAGCCGAAAUACCGCAUGCCGUUAUAAAUGGUCGGUUCUAAUGGGAUACCAUCUGAGGUGACGCCGUUGAAAAUUCAAGUGCAAACAACACACCGUGGCGGCAGUUAUCAAAUCCAGCCUGUACAUCAGCACCAAGCGGGAAUCGUUGAUGCUGGUGGCGAUAGUCCCAGCAAUAGCACAACCAACAGUGCCGUUUCUAACUCGAAUAGUGAAGUGCCUAUCACUAGCAGUGGCCGCAGCAACGCCAUGGAUGACACCAAGCGUAUAUUAAUCCGAGUGGGAAUAGAUUUUAUCAUCCUCUGCUGUGUUGGAUUCCCCAUCCUGAUAUUUUACCUCGCAGGCCAGCCGUAUGAACGAGGAUUUUUCUGCGACGAUGAGUCACUUAUGCAUCCAUUUCGCGAUUCUACCGUUACGAAUUGGAUGCUGUACAUCAUUGGAAUUGCAGUUCCCGUAUUGGUGAUAAUCGGUACGGAAUUGGUACGAGCGCACGUGAAAAAGUCAGAUGCUGAGCCGUUGAAGGUUUACAACAUCACUAUUCCAUACUGGGCGGUAGAGGCUUAUAAAUCGAUCGGAAUGUUUGGUUUCGGAGCCGCCUGUAGCCAGCUGUUGACCGAUGUGGGGAAAUAUACCAUCGGUCGACUGCGGCCUCACUUCUUUGAUGUUUGCAAACCCCGGAUGUCUGACGGAUCAACUUGCAAAGAUGCAAUAAAUCAUGGCCGUUACAUUGAGGAUUUCGUAUGUGCAAAUGUGGACUCUACCCCGCGUAUGGUGAAGGAGAUGCGUUUGUCAUUUCCAAGUGGACAUUCCAGCUUUUCGAUGUAUACCCUUGUAUAUUGCGCUAUCUACCUUCAAUCUCGCAUGAACUGGCGAGGAUCCAAACUGUUAAAACAUUUUCUUCAGUUUCUUCUGAUUAUGCUUGCAUGGUACACUUGUCUCAGUCGAAUAUCCGACUAUAAACACCACUGGUCUGAUGUAUUGUCCGGAGCGAUUUUGGGCUCGUUGGUGGCAAUUGUUGUUUCAAACUACUGCUCGGAUUUAUUCGAUGCACGACGGAAACGUGCAGCUGCUUUGCCCCAAAUGCGUUACGAACUUAGUCCAAAUCAUGCCAUUCCUAAUGGUAACCAGUCAGGUGACAUUAACAGGGUCUAAACGCGCUGCAGUACAAGAAAUCGGUUCAAAAUCAAACAAUGAGUGUCUUUGAAAUGAAUUGAAAUAUUCUGCUACAAUAUUUAUUGUAUAGUGAUAAAUCUAAUUUAUUUUACUAUAGUUAAUGCAUACCGAAACGAAUGAUUUUAAAAGACAGAGUUAUUUAUUGUAAAAGAGUAAACGAACUAGAACAGUUCUUUUGAUGGUUUUUAAAACUAAUGCUGCAUUUAGUAAGAUACAUUCUAAAAUCAUGCUAUGAGAUAAAUUAAAAGUGAGAAAGAAUAUAGCAAUAUACUGUAUUUCUGGUUAUACUGAAUAUCAGUAAUGCUUCUAAAUUGUAUUUUACUACUUAGAAUAGGUCUAUUAUUAAAACAUUUAAGUAUGAAAA